AUCUUGAGAAGUCCGUAUCGUUCCGCUGCUGUUGUGAUUUUCGGGGAGUGAAAGUGCGUGAUUCGAAUAUCGCUCUCUCUGGGACAAUCAAGAUACCUGAGCCAUCAUGGACGACUUGAAGGGAUUCUUGAGGCAAGCGGGUCAGGAGUUCCUGAACGCGGCCGGCGAGGCGGCCAUGGGAGCUGCCAAGGAUGUGGUCGGAUCGGUGAUCAAUGAGAUAUUCAUCAAGAAGGAAGCCGACACCAAGAGGGUUCUGCCGAGCAUCAAGAACAUGCGAGUUCUGGGUGAAAAGAGCUCGAACCUGGGACCCUAUUCCGAAGUGCAGGACUUCGAGACCAUAAGGAAUAGCUGCGUGGCCAGUGGCUCGCUCUUCGAGGAUCCCCUUUUUCCGGCUUCGAACGAGUCUCUUCAGUUCUCCCGGCGACCAGAUCGUCACAUUGAGUGGCUGAGACCUCAUGAAAUUGCCGAAAAUCCACAAUUUUUUGUGGAGGGCUACUCUCGCUUCGAUGUCCAGCAGGGAGAGCUGGGAGAUUGCUGGCUCCUGGCUGCCACGGCCAACUUGACCCAGGAAUCGAACUUGUUUUUCCGCGUAAUUCCACCGGAACAGAGCUUCGAGGAUAAUUACGCUGGCAUCUUCCACUUCCGCUUCUGGCAAUAUGGUAAAUGGGUGGAUGUCAUAGUGGAUGACCGUUUGCCCACCUACAAUGGCGAGCUGAUGUACAUGCACUCCACGGAGAAGAAUGAGUUCUGGAGUGCCCUGCUGGAGAAGGCAUAUGCCAAACUUCAUGGAUCCUACGAGGCCCUGAAGGGAGGCAGCACAUGUGAGGCCAUGGAGGAUUUCACUGGCGGCGUUAGCGAGUGGUACGAUCUGAAGGAAGCCCCUGGUAAUCUCUUUACAAUCCUGCAAAAGGCCGCCGAUCGUAAUUCCAUGAUGGGUUGCUCUAUCGAACCGGAUCCAAAUGUAUUGGAGGCCGAAACUCCCCAGGGCCUGAUACGCGGCCACGCUUACUCCAUCACCAAGGUCUGCCUUAUUGAUAUUGUCACGCCAAAUCGCCAGGGCAAGAUCCCGAUGAUACGAAUGCGUAAUCCUUGGGGCAAUGAGGCCGAGUGGAAUGGCCCUUGGAGUGACAGCUCGCCUGAAUGGCGAUAUAUUCCGGAGGAUCAGAAGAACGAGAUUGGACUCACUUUUGAUAGAGAUGGCGAGUUCUGGAUGUCCUUCCAGGAUUUCCUCAAUCAUUUUGAUCGCGUGGAGAUUUGCAAUUUGUCGCCAGACUCGCUGACUGAGGAUCAGCAGAACAGCGGCAAACGCAAGUGGGAGAUGUCCAUGUACGAGGGCGAAUGGACACCUGGCGUCACUGCCGGUGGUUGCCGCAAUUUUCUGGACACUUUCUGGCACAAUCCGCAGUAUAUCAUCACGCUGGUGGAUCCCGACGAGGAAGAUGAGGAGGGCCACUGCACGGUGAUUGUGGCUCUGAUGCAGAAGAAUCGCCGAUCGAAGCGGAACAUGGGCAUGGAGUGCUUGACUAUAGGCUUUGCCAUCUACAGUCUCAGCGAUCGAGAGCUGGAGAACCGUCCGCAGGGCCUGAACUUUUUCAGGUACAAGUCCUCGGUGGGAAGGUCGCCUCACUUUAUCAACACUCGAGAAGUAUGCGCUCGCUUUAAAUUGCCUCCUGGCCACUACCUGAUUGUGCCCUCAACUUUCGACCCGAACGAGGAGGGCGAGUUCAUCAUUCGAGUGUUCUCCGAGACCCAAAACAACAUGGAAGAGAAUGAUGAUCAUGUGGGUUACGGCGACAAGGCCGAUACGAUAUCUCCCGGAUUCCCAACACCAAAGCCCAUGGAUCCGCAGAAGGAGAGCUUGCGUCGCCUGUUCGAUAGCAUUGCCGGCAAGGACAUGGAAGUGGAUUGGAUGGAACUGAAGCGUAUCCUGGAUCAUUCAAUGAGAGAUGAUUUGCCAAAACCGGUGGUUUUCAACCGUUUCUCCCCCAAUAAUGCAUUUGAAACCCAGGCUGCUGGUCCUGGGGAUAUGGAUGGUGGCGGUGCCUGUGGUCUUUUGUCCUUGAUUUGUGGACCCUUCUUAAAGGGCACGCCCUUCGAGGAUCAAAUGGGAAUGAACGAUCAGUCGAACAAAAGGCUAAUGGGGGAUAAUCCAGCAGAUGGAGGACCUGUAACAGCAAAUGCAAUUGUGGAUGAAACCCAUGGAUUUUCCAAGGACGUUUGCCGCUCCAUGGUGGCCAUGUUAGAUGCUGACAAGUCCGGCAAGCUGGGAUUCGAGGAGUUUGAGGUGUUGCUGUCAGAAAUUGCCAAAUGGAAGGCCAUCUUUAAGGUUUACGAUACCGAGAACACGGGUCGUGUGUCAGGAUUCCAGCUGCGGGAGGCCCUUAACUCAGCUGGCUAUCAUCUAAACAACCGCGUCCUCAAUGCCUUGGGUCAUCGUUAUGGCUCGCGUGAUGGCAAGAUUGCCUUUGAUGAUUUCAUCAUGUGUGCAGUUAAAAUUAAGACAUAUAUUGAAAUCUUCAAGGAGCAGGACACUGAGAAAAAUGAAACGGCCACGUUUACCUUGGAGGAAUGGAUAGAGCGUACAAUAUACUCUUAAUAAAAGUUCUUCUUGAUACUUAAGUUAGCAAAUCAACUCGAAGAAAUCUACAUUUACAUGAAAUCUCGUUGUCCUAAAUCUCCAAUAUUUUGCAUUAUACAGUACAAAACAAAGAGUACUUCCGGAGAAGUGUUGUAUUUAUAGCUUGUCGUUAUAAGUGAUUUUCAUCGAAUCUAAUGACUCCGCUAAAUAAUUGUGUUUUUCCUCCCUAAAGAGAAUUUAUUAAAAGGAAUUGUAUCUUGAGGCAAUGUUAACUUAUUAAAGAAUUCCACAACCGA